CACCACGAGCUGGACGUUCCGAGCGCGUAUUGUAUCAUAAUAAUAUUAUCAUAUUAUUAUAUAUUAUUGUAGAGUGUGCGUGCACCCGAUUUUGGAUUUCGAUCAAAUUUUUCUUGCUCCGGCCCGGGUCGACACCUGUAGCGCCGUAUAUCGUCUCUCAACUCUCGCGAUAUACACUGCACGCAUUUAUUCGUACGAUAAUAUUAUAUCACUAUACAUACGGUCAUCACACGGCGAACAGAGAUUGUUGAGCAACAAAUUCGGGUCAAUUAUCGGGAAGAAACUACCUGCAAGAACUAGCGGUGUUCAAAACAAAAGAACGCUUCAUUAGCCCCACAAGGCGCGGUCUAAUUGGGCUUAUGAAUGAUUAACAUUUCUACUAACCCAGGAAACGCUAUGGUUGAAGAAUUUAAUAACACGACAAACGCGAUGAACGUGACCAAAGCCUUCGUAGAGUCAGUUAUGAGCACGACGAUGAUAAACGACGGGCCGCUAGUGGACAGCGACGCCGUAUCGCCGGUCACGUUGAGCAUGGAAUGGAGCAGGGUGGCCAGGCUGUUGAUCAUGAUCGGCCUGUCCGUCAUCGGCAGCAUCGGUAACGUGUACAUGAUCAGCUCGGUAAUGAUCGAAGACCAUCUCAACAAAAGGGGUAACACUUUCGUGGCGAACGUGGCGCUGGCCGACCUGUUGAUCAGCGGCCUCGUCAUUCCGGCAUCCGCAGUGGUCAUCCUGUCCGGUCUACAGGAUUCUCCGCCGGUGUGCCAGUUCCAGUGGUUCCUGUCGAUCCUGUGCUGCCUGGUAACCGUGCUUACCAUGGCCGCGGUGGCGGCCGAGAACUACAUACGACUCUGUCUGACGCCCGAAUGCUACGCCAAACUUACCGUCACGAAAAUCACCACGCUCCUGUUCGCCAUAUGGAUUGUCAGCUCGAUCUUGGUCACGUUACAGUCCAUCUACAACAUGGGACCAGAUUAUUGCGCCAAACGGAUAAGCCGCAUCGUUCCGACACAGGCGCUGGCGGCCGGUGCCAUUGUGCUGGCGCCACUGCUCAUCACGGCCGGGCUGUACAUGCGCAUCACGUACCAGGUGCACGUGGCCCGGCUGAACCCGAGCUUCAAGCCGCCGCUGGCGUUCAACUGGGACUACUCGCUGAUGCUGGCCAACGCGUACAGCUUCGUCAUGUUCGUCGUGUUCUGGGCGCCGUUCGCCAUCGUCCUGGCGCUGGCCACCGUCCAGCGGCUGCAGUCCGCCCAGGUGUUCUACAACCUCGCGUGGCUGGCACUCAGCAAGUCCUGCUUCAACAACCUGGUGUACUGCGCCGGCAACCGGCACUUCCGCAACGCGUACGUCAACCUGUUCCACUACUGCUGCUGCAAGACGACGGUGACGUUCUCGCGACGGGCCCGCGACGGCGCCACCCGCCCGUCCGGUGACGUCCGCGUCCACAUCAUACCCGGCUACAACAUGUACUCGUACACCAGCCCCACCAGGUCGCGGGAGUCGGGGUCGUGUCCGCUGCAGGGUCGGCCGCGGGCCAGGGCCAACGGUGGCGGCGGCGGUCUCGGCUGCGGCGGUGGUGGUGGCGGCAGUGGCGGCGGCGGUGGUCGUGACGUGUACGAGUUGUAAGCAGUACGAUGAUAAUAAUAUGAUACUUGUCCGGCGCUUAUACCUUCGCCCCGAACACGCAUUAGAUGACUACGUUAUUAUUAUUAUUAUUUAUUAUUUAUUAUUAUUUAAUAUUAUUAUUAUUAUUAUUAUUAUUACCUACGUGUGCGAUUUAUAUUUAUGCGCACGAGUUUUUCUUCCCUCGUAUUAUAUAUGCACAAUAUACACAACAUUACAUAAUAUACCUACUCUCCAAAAAAGCGCGUUCGCAGUAUUUCUACGCACGCGUUACUACUCACAUUACCUCCUAUAACUAUAUUAAUAUGUAGGUAAUUAUAGGACCCAAUAAAUUAUAGCCUAAUAUAUAUAUAGCCACUACCGCCAAAAUGUUUAAUAUUGACUUUAAGGUAGAAACUAAGUUUUCGAUUUGUCGCGUGUACCUAUGUUAUGUUAUAAAAAAGAAAUCCCAUAUUAUCGAUUCGUAUAAUAUGAUAAUAAUAAUAAUAAUAAUAAUAAUAAUAAUAUAUUAUAGUUGGGGAAUAGGAAUAUUAUGGUCGGGAAAGUAGGGCGACGAGUGUAUACGCGCACGUCAAUAUCUACCUAUAUAAUAUACGUCAAAUAUAUAAUAUAGAGACGUGUGUUUUAGCUGCCAACGUGGACGAGUAUGCUACUCGUAUGUAGACCGAUUAAUCCAUCGAUCAGACGUUAUAAUACAGUGAAACCUCUAAAAACCGGACACUCUCGGUCGCUGAAAUAUUGCCCACUAUUCUGGGGUGUCCGCUAUUCGAAACGUUCAGUUUAUAGAAAGUUUGUAGUUUGUUGCAGCCAAAAAAAACAUCCACUUUUUGAAAGUGUCCGUUAGGGGAGGUUUCAUUGUAUCACAUUAUAGUACAACAGACAAGCCCUCCGAUCUUUUGGGGCCGCUCCUUUUUCUACCGAUCGUCGACUGCACCAACAGUACAAUAUCCUAUCCGCUCCACCCCGCGCAUUAUUGUACCUACGCGUCGCGAGUACAGCGCAGUCGCUUCGUGUAAUAUCUAUGUAUGAUAAUUAUUUAUAAUAAUAAAUUAUUUCAUUCUCUCGUCGUCGACCUGUACUCCAAGUGUUAUUAUACGAAUACGCGGGCGGUAAGCAGCAGUGUCAGCUAGGGUGGGGGGAGGGGGAGAGAGGUGACAAAAAUAGAGCCAUCCGUCAUCGAGCAAAACGGUGCGCAUCACACGCCACCGCCGCCGCCGCCGCACGUGUCAAUACGACGUCAUAAUUGUAUACGCGUAUAGUAAUAAUGACGGCAGUAAUAGUAUGCAAUGCGGCGCGAUAAAGUCGACUUUCGACGGCCAUAAUAAUAUUAUAUACCUACGGUUUGGCUCGGGCGCCCGGAGCGGCGCGCACUUUAGUGAAACACGAAACUCGCGGCGACGGAUUUAGAAAUAAAUUAUUUUUUUCUCCUCGCGCGCACGUUGUUUCAGUAGACCAUAGUGUACCCAUAUAGAUCCUAAACAAGACGGCGGCGGCGCGGCGGCGAUAACGACCGAUGUGGCGGCAAAAGACUUUUUCGCUCGCGUUUUUUACAUUAGUCAUAUUAAAAAUUUGUAGUCAAUCCAUCCACUCGUCCCGCGUUCAGUGCACUACUCUGUAAACUCGCACUCGUGAUCCGUCAAAAUAAUUACCACGAGGUGGUGAUUGGAGGGGGGGAAGGUAAAUGGCAUUCAAGGGCACGGUCUAAAGCGCGCACCACCGAGCUCGUCUUCUCGAUCCGACUGCAGCGUCGACGCGUCGUUAUGUCGGUAUCGUUGGUCGUGAGCUUGAUGUGUAUUGAUAUAAAUUUACUCGAAAAUAACGUCCAAAUCACGGUUAUCUACACCGCGAUGUAGUAGUUAUAACCGUGGUCCUGAUCCUCGUACCGACUAUACCGACUCGUACGCGCAACUAUGAUAUAAUUAUGUAAUUACGGCAAAUUCCGUCUAUCGUAUUUUAUUUUAUUUUAUUUUUCAACAUUAAUUAUCCCUCCCGCCGUCCGUACUUACAUUCCGACGCGGAACUCGCCCGCGGUGCUCCGCGUAUAUACAGGAAACCAAUGCAUUCCAUCGUUGAUUUAUAAUAAUAUAUUGUAUAUAAGCAUGUAUAUAAUAUAUAUAUAUUAUAUAUAUUAUAUACUAUACCCGUCCACUGUCCCGAGCCAAACAAGCGUUGUCAAUUAUAUAAUACCUAUAUGUAUAUACAGUAUAUAUUAUAUAUUUAUUAAACUAUUUAUAGCCUAUAUGGCACGUCUUAUAUAUAUAUAUAUUAUAUAUUAUACACAUAGAUACUUAGGUACAGUUACGCUGAAAGUGUAUACCGCGCAGUGUGUUUGUUUCGUAUCGGAUCGAAGGAGGCGACAUUUUAUUAUACGUUUUGAAAUUUAAAAAAAUAAACUAAAAAACGGCAAGUCUUAUAUUAUAUUAUCAUUAUUAAUGUUAUCAUAAUAUAGUAUACCUAGCAUAAUAUGUAUUAUUAUUGUUCGGUGACAAUUAUAAUAUUAUAUUAAAAUAUAACAAUAUGUACUUACGAUUAAAAUACGGAGUGCGAUAAUAACAUAUGCCGUCUUCGUUUCGAUUGUAGUCUUAUAAUUAAUAAAACAUAUUAUUAUGUUUCAAUGUUUGGUAACUGGUAUAUAAUAUAGGUAGGUAUCUAAACGUUAGUCUUUUAACUUUUUUAUUAUUAUUCUAGCUUAUAAGUCUUGCACCUCCGCUGACGACUCGUAUAAUAGCCAUUGCCCAAUAGUGCACUUCAUGUUUGUACGUAUACAGCCUAUUUUUUUUUAUUAAAACUAUAAAGUUAAAAUAUAGAUGGUAUAUUGUUAAUUUUAUUAUUAAAUGUUAGAUGAAUUCGUGUGAUCGACGUUUCAUUCACAGUUACACCAGCUGACCAGCUGACACCGUCGGUCCGUGAUCGGCGGUAAAUUGUGUAAGAUUUGGAUUUAUAUAUUAAGUACAAACUAUAUGUUAGGUACAUGCGCAAUCCCACCGGAUGAACCGAAGUCUGGUCAAUUGGCAAAACGAUAAUCACGAGUCGGUCGGUUUAGACUGAAGUGUUGUGGCUUGGAAUUGUGUGUGUGUGCCAAUUUCAGAAAAUUCAACAGUGUAAAAUCUCAUUAGAAAAUAAAUCCCAAAACUGCUUCAUUUCAUUUCUUCCACCCAAUCCACCCCCGCCGCCCGUGUAAAACGCACUGCAGCAGUAAUGCAACGGUGUGAUAAUAAUAAUUAUAUUUAUUACGUUCGUUUACAAUAUUAUCAUGAUUUAUAAUACGUUAAUGAAUAAAAUUUGAAAUUUGGAUUUAGGGACCACCCGCGACCACUGGAUACAGGAUUCCAUCCCCGACACAUAUUAUAUUAUACACUAUACAGGCGUUAUUACUGCGCACGGCCUGUAAUAAUUAUUGUGAUCAGUGGUCGCUAUAUAAUAUAUUUUUUCGAUUUAGAUAAAGUGUAUGCGUAUACCUAUUAGUACGUGAUAUGAUUUUUAAUUGCUUCAAUGUUUGUAUUCGGCAUUUCCGCACACAUAUAGCCACGAUUUUAGGAAAACAAUAGUGGUUUGACGUCCACCGAUGCAAAUAUAACGCGACGUUUCAUUUGUUCGUAUUCAUAUUAUUAUAAUAUAUUAUGAAUGUUAUUAAAUUAUUCAAAUCGUUAUAAGCGACAGAGUUUCCGACCAUAUAUUAUAUAGGUAGGUACCAUUAAUAUUUAUAUAUAAUAUUAUAUACAUAAACAAUAUUAUGUAGCAUUAAAUAUGUAUCACAUAUUCGUUGGCAUUAUAUAGGUAUAUAGGUGGGUAGUAGGUAUAUAAUAUGUAUAGGUACACUCGGAAAUGUCAUGGUAAUAAUAAUUAACAUAAAAACCUGAAACACAAAAGGCUCUUGUUCACAACUACUCCCAUUGAUGGUAUUAUUCUGUAUACACGACGUAUAUUAUAUUACCUAUAUUGUUUUAUGGUCGUUUUGAAUUUUGAUUGUUCACUUUGACUGUGCGAUAAUAUUGUUAUUCGUCAAAUGGCUGUUUUUCUUCUCCAAUAAUAUUAUUCCCAGAUAUAUAAUAUAAUAAUACAUCUCACCGGCACGAUAAGGUUUUUUUGUUUUGAAGUUAGGUAGGUAUUUAUAUUUCUAUAAUUUAUUUGGAAUUUAAAUGAAAUACAAAACAUGAACGGGAACUCACGUCUUCCAAAAGUAUCCGAAAAAUCUCGACGACCCGUAAAAACGUAUAAUAUAAUUGGUUCGUAAAAAAAAUUGAGAAUUUUCUGUUUGAUAAAAAAAAACAAAUCGUAAUAAUGUUACGUAGGUACCUACCUACCUAACAUUAUGAAAAUUAUUAAUUGUCUAUACUGGCCUACUAUCUAUUAUUCACUUUUGUAAUCCACCACGAUUAAAACGAAUUUCCUCUUUUGAGUACCUAUACUAAGUACUAUAGGUAUCGUGAAAAAUGCCUACUCAUAUAGAUAAAUGUAGAUAACCUACAUCUGAACCCUCUAACAACUUUUAAAAAAUACUAGUUAAAGGUAGCUGUUUUUAGAUUCUUGACUUGUAAAUAUGAUUGGCACCUGAAGGAGUAUAAAUUAUAAACAUAAGUAUUAAGUAUAAAGUUGAGGCACACCCUAAUAAAGUAAUAAAUACCAUGCAUUGCUAAUUGCUGUGCAUUUUUUUUAUUUGCUAUUCAAAUUAUUAUUCAACUUGCACUCUUCAGAGACGUACCUCUCUACUUUGCCAAAAACGUCAAAAACUCUGCAGCGUCCAAUUUGAAACGGUAAUGGUUGACGUACUUUUAACGCACCUAACAAUUGAAAUUAUUAUUGUCUUACUUAUCUAUUGACUCUUAUUGUACGUUGUAUGCAUUGUAGUUUACAUUAUUAUCGUACAUUUACACUUUAGCGUGCACAACUCAUCGUCGUAAAACCUUUUGAAACACAACACAUUAUUAUUAUAUAGGUAUACCUACGCGUGGAGUUGCUAUUAGUAGGUACCUAAAUAUGGUGACCUUCUUGGUUUCUUCUAUUAUACAAGUGACACUUAUUAAAGGAUUUGCAAAAGAUGACUCAGAAUGACAAAAUAUGAAUUUCUACAGUCGUUCAGAAGUCACAUAGUAGCGAGAACUGGAGGGACAAGCAUUUUAUUUAAAAACUGAGUAUAUAAUACUUAAUACUUACCUACCUACCUGCCUACUACCUACCUACCACCAACCUCUAUUAAAUAAAAGUGUGUGCGCCUAUUUGUACAGUUGUUGUACAGCUGCCACCUGUCUAUAUAAUAUGUAUUUGUUCGGUUUUACGUCGAUUGAAUGGAAAUAUAGCAUCAUAUUCAUAUAUAAAGUGAGUUUCGUUAUAAUAUAUUUAGAGGGACUUUUUAAAACCAUAAUAAUCGAUUGUGCUACACAAUGAGCGGGUUACGUGUAAUCGGCGUUGUUAACAAGUUACCUAAAAGGUACAGUUCCAUUAUAAAUAAAUAUAUUAUAUAAAUUGUGUGUAAAUAUGCUUAACACUUGAAAAAACAUGCGUACCUAUUUCAAAGACGUGUAACAUAAAAUUGUUCUGUUUUCAGAACGUUAGGUACCUAGGUAUUUAUUUUCAAAACAUACUGUAAAAAUACUCAAAAAAAUUAUGAACAAAAUGUCUUCAAAUGUAAUUAUUAUAUUUAUAUUAUAUACCUUAUACCUACCUAACUACAUAGACACAUAAUAAUAUUUUACUAACUAUAGUAAGGUACCUUUUAUAUAUCAUAUUUAUAUGUAUACAAUCCCAUCAUCAGUUGUGUUAUUGACUUAGGCAACAAAAUUAUAUUAUGUACUUACUUUUAUCUGUGUGUGUGUGUGUGUGUGUGUGUUGUAAAAAUUAUGAAUAUCACAGGCAACACGCUGUGACCAGUUGUAAUUUUAACUUUUAAGUACCUACCUAGAAUAACAUUAACAUACAAUAAUAUUAUAUUUAUGUAUGACUAUAUAUUAUUUUAUAUACCUAAGUAAGAUUUAUAAUGUAUUAAAUAUUGUCAUAACAAAUUAAACUACAAGCGCAUAUAAUAUAUAAUAUUUAAAAUUA